GUCAGCGACGCGUGCAUGCAUGCAGUAUUGUGCAGGAGCAGUAGACUCCCCGCAGGGAUCCCCAGGGUUACAGACUGCUGUUUAGAUGGUUUGCUGAAAGGAGUAACUUGGUGAACGGUGCUUCAAACACUCUGUGAUCAUCUUGCAAGGGUCUCAGGGCACUAUUUACGAUACAAUGGAGGAAGAAUUUAAAGACAUCGAUUCGUCCGGGAGAUGGCAAAACCUUUACAAUGAGAUCCGUAACCAAGCCAAUGAAUAUCCUUACAAAGUGGCCAAACUUCCAGCAAAUCGGAAUUUGAACCGCUACAGAGAUGUCAGCCCAUAUGAUCACAGUCGAGUAAAACUUGAAAACUCUGAAAAUGACUACAUCAAUGCAAGUUUAGUCAUGGUGGAAGAAGCCCAAAGAGCAUACAUUCUUUCUCAGGGGCCUUUGAGAAAUACCUGUGGUCAUUUCUGGCUGAUGAUUUGGGAGCAGUGUUCCAAAGCUGUUAUAAUGCUCAACAGAGUCAUUGAAAAGGGAUCUGAAAAGUGUGCACAGUAUUGGCCCACCACUGAGGAGCAGCAGUUGUCUUUCACAGACACAGGGUUUGUUGUCAGGCUACUUUCUGAGCAUGACCAAUCCUAUUACACAAUCCGAGUCCUACAACUGCAGAACACAAUGACGGGGGAGUCAAGGGAGAUCUACCACUUUCACUACACCACAUGGCCUGACUUUGGUGUCCCAGAGUCUCCUGCCUCCUUCCUCAACUUCCUCUUCAAGGUUCGGGAGUCGGGCUCCUUGGGACCAGAGCAUGGGCCCUCAGUGGUGCACUGCAGCGCUGGGAUUGGACGCUCAGGCACCUUCGCCUUAGUGGACACUUGCCUGGUCCUGAUGGACAGGAGGACGGACCCGUCAUCAGUGGACAUACAGAAGGUGCUACUGGACAUGAGGGAUUAUCGUAUGGGCCUGAUCCAGACCCCCGACCAGCUCCGCUUCUCCUACAUGGCUGUGAUCGAAGGAGCCAAGCUCACCCUGACGGACAACUCAGUAGCACAGCAAAACAAGCAGAGAGUGAUAUCCAGAGAUGACUUGGAGCCGGACCUGCCUCCUCCACCACCUCCACCCAGACCUGGCCUCAACGACAGCAGGCCCAACGGUCAGCCAGGAGCCUGCCAGGAGUCACAGUCCAUCUCAGGAGACUACAUGCUGGCAAGAGAGCCAGACAGCCAAGACAACAAGAUGGCAGAGAACCCUGGACAUGUCAAAAAGCGACACCGUGAGGAGAGGAUAGCCAGCACCUCGCAGAAGGUCCAGCAGAUGAAACAGAGACUCACCGACUCGGAGAUGAAACGAGAGAAGUGGCAGUACUGGAGACCCAUUCUGCUCAACGUCGGUGCUGGGGCAGCUUUGGCUGUCGGCCUGCUGGUGUGCUGGAUGUACUCCCAGUGAAACAUUUUGGGUCACCUCAAACUGACUCCUAUUUUGCACCAGUACCUGGGAUUAGGUACUAACUAGGAUUUAGAUGGUAAUAUGUGCAUAGCUGAGGGUAUUUAUUUCUUAAGGUCAAAAAACGGCAGCGCUAGAUCAAAUGACUGUGUGUAUAUUUUUCAUGUAAGAUCUUAACAAAAAUAGUAACAUCUCAGGAUCUUGGUGCCAGCACGAUGAUUCAAUUUCCUUUCCUCCUUGUCACUGUUGAUGAAUGUACUGUAUCAUAGCAAAUUACUUUGAAAGAAACUUACUAAAGGUGCAGUACAAAGCAAAAAAAAAAAAAAAAAAAAAAAGGAAAAAGAAAAAAAAAAUCUGACAGGUUUGUUUUUGCAUUCUUUCUUUAUAAUGUUCAGAUGUGUGUUGCUCAUCUGUGGACACAUUUUACAUUUCAAAAUGACUUAUGUGGACUGUCCAUCCUACCAUGGCUAUGUAGGUAGACUAAGGAGCCUAGAGGUCAGCUAUUUUUAAACAUGUUUUUCUGUACUAAAAAUUUGCAUUUCAUGCAUGCAUAUAGAGGUUUUCCAGAGCACCACUUGUUCUUCCAUUCAUAUUCAGCAGGGAAUCCCAAAAUGGCCAGAUAUAUAUUUUUGUGUGACUGGACACUUCAUGGGAAGCUGCCUUGCUGAUGUUUAAGACUCUGCUAGAAUGUUAACCUUUUACUUUCUGUUAUAUGAGCAUGUAUUUCAUAGGUUUUGGUUGGAUUAUACGAGCUGUCGGGUCCCUCACUGCUUAGUUCGUGUAUUCACCCACUGGAUGGGUUUAUGUGUUUAUUUUCAGGUUAUCCCACUGUUGUAUUUGAGGAAACCAAAGCAAAGCUGUCUGUUUUUUGAAGGUAACAGCCAUACAAGCUGUUGAAUGAUGAAACCUUGUACUCCCAUUACGUGGAAUGUAUUUUUUGUUGGACGUAACUGACACCUGUAUUACAAAGUCAUAGUAGUUUUGCAUUGUGUGUGACUUUCUUGAUUUGAAACCAUAGUGUCACUGAAUUAGUUUUCAAUUGACUGGGAACAGUGUAAAGCUAUAAUAGUGCAAUUUAGAAGUUGGAGCAGAGCACCUUGGAUAAAAAUCCAGUUAGGAGAGAGUGAUAGCAUAUGCAUCUCUUUACCUCUAACCUGUUUUGUUUGCUGGUUGAGAUAGCUUUUAAUGUGCCUUGAAGUGAAUUGUAUUGAAAAAUUUGUGCUCCAAAGUUUCUGUGCACAGUCAGGAUGGAUCAAGGUUUAUGUGAGCUGUUGUGUCCCACUUUACAUUAGUAACACGUUAGCAUUGCACUGACUGGUUUUUAGUAACUGCAGGUGUGACACAGUUAGGUUUAUAAGAGUUGAUUGCACACCAGAUGUCAUUAGCAUGUGCUGACUGCUGAGAUGAAAUGAUUGGCUAGUUGCCACUGUUGGAUAUGGUUUUAACUCAGCUGUCAUUUAACCCAGAGAUAGGAGAUACGUGCCACCAUAACAUUCCAUUCAUUCUUGUUUUCCACAAAAGAUUUCAGGGGAGUUUUUCACACUGCUCAGUUGCAGCGAGAAUAUGACUGAUGGUGUUUUGAAAAAAAAAAGAGCAAACAAAAACAUGAAAUACAUAUAAAAAUAAAACAAAUACAUUUUUUUAACCAAA